UGCAGCACUUUCACUUCCCCCAGGUGCCCAAGCCCUGCCCUAGCAUGCGGGAGCACCGCGCUCUACACUUGUUGCCAAGAACAGGAUGCAGACUCUGAGAGGGGGCCCAUGACAAGCUUCUGUCUUUCUGCUCGUCUCCUCCGGGCCCAACACCUCUUCUCUUCUGUCCCUCCCACGGGCUGCUGACCCCUCUUAGGUGAAGAUGUCGGCCCAGGACAGCUGCCUCAGCCUCAUCAAAUACCUCCUCUUCGUUUUCAACCUCUUCUUCUUCGUCCUAGGCAGCCUUAUUUUCUGCUUUGGCAUCUGGAUACUCAUUGACAAGACCAGCUUCGUGUCCUUUGUAGGCUUGUCCUUCGUGCCCCUGCAGAUCUGGUCCAAGGCCCUGGCCAUCUCAGGAAUUCUCACCAUGGGCCUUGCUCUCCUGGGCUGUGUGGGGUCCCUGAAGGAGCUCCGCUGCCUCCUGGGCCUGUAUUUUGGGAUACUUCUGCUCCUGUUUGCCACGCAGAUCACCCUGGGAAUCCUCAUCUCCACUCAGCGGAUGCGGCUGGAGCGGAGGGUGAAGGAAAUCGUGCUGGAGACCAUCCAGAACUACCGCUCGCGUCCGGAGGAGUCGGCGGCGGAGGAGAGUUGGGACUACGUGCAGUUCCAGCUGCGCUGCUGCGGCUGGAACUCUCCUCGGGACUGGUUCAGUAUCCCCAGCCUAAUCAGCAACGAGUCGGAGGUGCAUCGCGUGCCCUGCUCCUGCUAUAAUUCAUCGGCGACCAAUGACUCCGCAGUCUUCGAUAAGCUCUCCUUCCCCCAGUUCAGCCGGCCCGGACCCCUGGCGCGGCCCCGGCACAGUACUGACCUUUGCGUGGUUCCUGCAAACAGCAAUAUCUACAGCGAGGGCUGCGCGCGGAGCCUCCAAAAAUGGUUGCACAACAACCUCAUCUCCAUAGUGGGCAUUUGUCUAGGAGUCGGUCUGCUUGAGGUGAGUGUGGCGGGGCUGAGCCUGCUACUCUUGCGCAGGGCGCUCCGCCGGGAACGCCAGCGGCAGGUGCUGGGCGCCUGUGGUUCGAGCCCCGGGCCUGGACCUAGUACUGAUGGCGGCGGCGGGCGCUGUGGUGUACUGAGCAGCAGCGGGCGUAGCGGCGGUCUGUGGGGUGGCUGGGGCAUGGCGGAUGCCUGUCCCAACUGGGGGGACAAGUCCCCACAGGGCAAGCUGCCCGUGGCCCUGGGGCCCUGGCCGCUUUGGGAUCAAGACGAGGAACAACCUGAGACCGGGAGCGCGGGCGAGGAGGUGGAGGUCGAGGUGGAAUUAGCAGCCGAGGCAGUGAGAAAGACAGAUGAGCCUCCAGAAUAAAGUACCCUGGGCUA